AUGUUUGUACGCGAUUUGGUUUGCCGCGCUACUGAAAAAGUUAGUGACAAGCAGCCUGUCGAGCAAGUUUAUUCUGAGCUAACUGUUUUUAACCAGAAACCUGAUUUCACAAAAGAAUCAUCAGUUACUUCUGAGGAAAUAGAAAUAAGUUACAUGGAGGAACCUGAAAGUUAUGUGAGAGAUGAAGAGGAUUCCGACUGUUCUGUACGAGAUAAAGAUUAUGUGCUUGAGCAAGAAUCUUCUGAUAUAGACCAUUAUGAAGAUGAUGUGCCCACAGCGAAUGAAUCGGAGAUUGAAACUAAAAAAAGAAUGAGAUGGGGAAGUUCUAAUCGAAGUAAUUGGAAAAGAGAAAAAGUAAAGCGUCAAAAAAUUGAAAUGAAAAGGCCAAAAGACAUAGAUUGCUCCAGAUGCCGCUUUAAAUGCACAGAAAAAAUUGUGGCAGAAAAUCGAACUGCAAUUUGUGCCAUCUAUUGGGCUUGUGAUUUCACACGCAGAAAAGAUUUUAUCUUGAACAAUGUUGAGUGUCGCGUCCCCGAGAGACGUAGACAAAAAACUGAAGGAAAAAAGAACCUUCGGGUUAAUUCCAAAGCUUACUUUCUUUCUCCUAAUGCCGAAAGAAAAGUCAGGGUAUGUAAUUUUUUUAUAAAAACACUCUGCAUUAGUAAGGAAGUAGUGGAACAUGCUUUUAAUAAAAAAGGAACCGGAGGGUUAUAUACUGGGGGCGAUCAAAGAGGCAAGAGAGAACCACACAAUAAAACAAAAUCUAAAGAUAUAGAAAACGUUAAAAGGCACAUUGAAAGUUUUCCAGUAUUAGAGUUGCAUUACUCCAGGAAAAGUACUAAACGACAAUACUUAGAUUGCAAGUUAACUAUUGCCAAAAUGCAUUCUCUUUAUAAAGAAAUUUGCAUAAAAGAUGCCUGCAAGCCAGUAUCACUUAUAACAUACCGGAGAAUAUUUUGUCAAAAUUACAACUAUUCUUUUUUCAAACCAAAAAAAGAUCAAUGUCAAAUUUGUAUGUCUUACAAAUCUCACGUUUCAGAGAAAUCGACAGAACUGGAAAACAAAUAUCAGAAUCACGUAGCAAGGAAAGAAGACUGUAACGCAGCAAAAGUGAGAGAUAAGGAAAGGUCUUUGAAGGAGAAUAAUUUUGUUUGUUGUACAUUUGAUCUACAAUGCGUGUUACAAAUUCCUAAGAGCGACGUGAGUCCCAUGUACUAUAGCCGAAAAAUCUGCACGUACAAUUUGACUGUAUAUGAAUUAGCGCCACCAAACAAUGCUUUCUGUUAUUCAUGGACAGAACUAAAUGGCAAAAGAGAACAGCUGUCAAAAUUGUUGAUCAAGAACAAACUAAAAAAUACCCUUGGCGAGAAAGUUAAUUGGCUGAAAGUAAAGUGCUUUAAAUACUUAAAAUCCAAACCAGGAAUGCUUCUAUAUAGAUACGAUCACACAUCUGAAUACAAGGAGAUUUUUGUGUUGGCAAAAGGAAAAGGUCGUCCAUCUAAAAUAACUGACAUGAAGAUAAUUAAAGCCUACACCAAGGUUCGCCCAAUUAGUUUAAAAAAAAAACAAGAUCUAUUAAAAUUGUGCAAGGGUGAAGAUCCCCCAGUUCCUGAAGAGUUCCACCAAUAUUACAAGACUUUACCUGUUCUUAAAGAGAUAGAAGACACCAUUCCAGAACCUUCAAUUGAAGACAGUGACAUGGAAAGCGGAAAGGAAGACUAG